AUGUCAGAAAAGUUGAAGAGCAAAGUUGAAUGUUCUGGUAACAAUAGUAGUGAAGCCAAAGACUGUGGCCUCCCUUUGGAGAAACUGAACCUUGGUCCGAGGAAGAAGCUUCUUAUUCUUGGUGUAGGAGGAUUGCUCUGUCAUAGGGUAUACCGCUGUGAAAAAUCCGGCAUACCGAAAUUCCGCUGUCCAGAUGCUGCAUAUGGAAACUUUUACGUGUACAAGAGGCCAUACUGUGAAGAUUUUAUGAAAUUUUGCUUGGAAAGAUUUGAAGUAGGAAUAUGGUCUUCUGCAAGGGAAUGGUACAUGGACAGCGCCUUGGAUUGUGUAAUGAAGGGAUUGAGGAGAAAAUUGGUAUUUGCUUGGGAUCAAGCUGAAUGUACUGAUUCUGGGUUCAAGGCCCUGGAGAAGAGAGACAAGCCUAUCUUACUGAAGGAGUUGAAGAAAAUAUGGGAAAACAAGGGUUCCAAAGCCACCCUUCCAUCUUGGAUUGUGCAAUAUUCUUCAACCAACACACUAUUAAUAACAACUCCUUACAAGGCUCUGCUAAACCCUCCUCACACAUCCAUUUGUCCUGCUGAAUACAAAGUUGACCAAGUUGAUGACAUGGCUUUAGGCCCGAAGGGUGAGUUGAGGCUUUACUUGGAAGGACUGGCAGAUGCAGAUGAUGUUACUUCUUAUGUUGAAGAGCAUCCAAUUGGCCAGCCUGCAAUAACUAGUGCUCAUGCUGAUUGGGAUUUCUAUUCAAAUAUUAUCAGUCAUUUUCAGAAGGAUUGA